AUGAGCUACUCGGCAAAGGACAUUGAAGUCUUAGACAAGAGAUUUCCCUCACUUAAAGAUGAAUUUCACAUUCCCACAUUCAAAUCCUUAGGAAUAACACCUCCCGAAUCGAAAUCAGAGAAUGAUGAUAGCAUUUACCUGUGUGGUAACUCACUAGGCUUGAUGCCCAAGGCUACUGAAUCGGCUAUUUUUGAAGAGCUAGCAGUCUGGAAAGGGAAAGGUGUUGAAGGUCAUUUUCAGCAUCCCAAGACCCCCUGGUUAGAUAUUGACCUUCCUGUAGUACCUCUGAUUGCCCCUAUAGUCGGUGCCAAAGAAAAUGAGGUAGCUGUGAUGGGUACUCUUACCAUGAAUCUGAACUCACUUUUAUGUUCCUUUUAUCAACCAAAGGGACGUAAACGCAAAAUUCUAUUUGAAAAGCAUGCCUUUCCCUCGGACUUCUAUGCAUUUUUGAACCAGGCUUAUCUAAAAGAUCUCUCAGAGGACGAUCUCUUGCAGCUGGAGCCUCGUACUGGUGAGUAUACACUUCGUACGGAGGACAUCAUCAAGGUUAUCGAGGACCAACAUGAAGAAAUUGCUCUCAUGUGCUUUCCGGGAAUUCAAUAUUACACAGGUCAGUAUUUUAAGAUGAAAGAGAUUACAAAGGCCGCACACGAAAAAGAAAUAAUAGUUGGAUGGGAUCUGGCUCAUGCUGUCGGAAAUGUAGACGUGCGACUUCACGAUUGGGACGUCGAUUUUGCUUGCUGGUGUUCCUACAAGUAUCUAAACAGUGGUCCAGGAGGAAUAGCAGGUGUGUUCAUAAAUGAGAGAUGGACCGAUCAGAAGUUCCAUUCAAAGUCGUCUCCGCUUAACUAUUUCCCUAGACUUGCUGGAUGGUGGGGAAAUAAUGCAUCUGCGAGAUUUUCAAUGAAAGAAGUAUUCGACCCAAUUCCGUCAGCUCUAGGAUUCCGACAAAGCAAUCCUAGUGUGGUUGAUGUAGUUGCAUUACACAGUUCAUUAAAGAUUAUUCACAAGUUUGGUGGCAUUAAGGCUAUUCGUGAAAAAAGCAUUGAAAUGACUAAAUUAAUGGAGGUGCUGCUCAAGAGAUCCCCUCAUUAUGUCAAGCCUACAGAAUUGCUCUCCAGGGGUUUCACUAUCAUAACGCCACAUACGUCGUUAGAGAGAGGAUCGCAGAUUUCCUUAUUGUUCGCUGAUGGAUGGAUGCCUAUCGUUUUUGAGCAAUUACACAGUCUUGGUGUGAUUUGCGAUGAAAGGAAACCAGAUGUCAUAAGACUUGCACCUGUGGCACUCUAUAAUUCCUUCCAAGAUGUCAUCUCUGCCAUGGAAAAACUUAAAGCUUCUCUUGAUGUGGCUUCGAACGCCGUAAUGACAGUUAUCACGUAA